AUCUAUUUUGUAUAUAACACGCGGUAAAAUUUUUAGUAAACUUGUAUUUCUUUUCGGAACCCAUUAUAUUAGACAUUAUAUAUUAGACAGUAGUGAUUGCAAAAAUGGUUAAAGCAAUACCAGAUCGCUGGCUUAAUUAUCGUCCCAUUGGCGAACGAAUUGCUGGGACGCGUUUCAUUGCAUUCAAAGUGCCGUUGCGUAAGAAUAUUAAUGAGAGUGUCGACGACGAGCAACUGCGUCUGGCGCCACAUUCGCUGCUGGAGUCGGUGCCAAAUUUAGGUUUGAUUGUUGACUUGACCAAUACAAAUCGCUACUACAAUCCAAAGACCUUCAUGGAUCUAAAUGUGGCGCAUCAGAAACUCAUGAUACCUGGCCAUCAUACGCCUACCAAGGAGCUAUCACAAAGAUUUUGCGAGUAUGUCACAAACUUUCUGGAUGCAAAUCCGGAUAAUGACAAACUUAUUGGCGUGCAUUGCACACACGGCGUAAAUCGUACCGGUUACCUGAUCUGCUAUUUUAUGAUCACAAAGAUGAACAUGUCGCCUAAGCUGGCUAUACAGACUUUUGCCGAUGCGCGUGGCCACAAAAUUGAGCGUGAGAACUACACCGCGUCCUUGGAGCACUUGAAGUCCGGACAAGAUCGACACAAACUGCUUAGCGAAGGCAGCCACAGUCCCAGCCAUAACGAGGGCAAACGCAGGCAGGAAGAUCUCCGAGAGGAUAGAUCUAUCAACUGGCGAAGUCGUCAACAGGAACAGGAUAGUUGGCAGCAGCAGCAGCAACAGCAGCAGCUGCAGCCGCCUAGCCAGCAAUGGCGAAAUACCAACGCAUAUCACAACCAAGAUGAUGGCUCGCAGUGUAGGCUUUUGCAAAGGGAGAUGCCGCGGUGGCGUCAGGCUGCUCACAGCGAGGAUACCCCCUCUAAAAACAGGUGCUAUGAUGACUAUCAGUCGGAUAACAAACGUUAUCAGCACCAAAGCAAUUGGCGGCCAAACCAAGGUGCUAGCCAACGUCCCAGAGAGGAUCCAAGUUACGCCUACAAUAACAGCAGCAGCAGCAGAAGCAGCAACAGCAACUAUAUCAAUUAUCGCAGGAACAACUACAGCAGUAGAAGUGAGAACAAUGGCUACCGUAAUAGAGGCAAUAUAUACAGCAGGGACCACAACAAUCACAGCAACCACAGCAACCGCAACAACAACUACAACAACAAUCAUACCAAUCAAGCAAACUAUACGCGGCAGAAUAGUCGAGGCUAUUCGAAUCGCUUUCGAUGUUUGGAAACCGAAUAAUGGAUUGCCUGCUACUUGGCCCUCUUAACUUCCAUAUAAUUAGUGCACUUUGAUUUUCUACUUGUUGAAAAAGUUUCGUUUCGCAAUAAAUUCCAGUCGUCUGUU